AUGGCUGUGAUAGAUCAGAUGCCCCAGGUACAGCAGGAAGCAGAGGAGAGAAGGGCGGAAAAGCGGCGCGCGGAGCCCGACUGCCGGAAGCGGCUUCCACGCGCGGCUCGGUCAUGCCUGGCGACCACCGCCGCAUCCGCGCUCGAGGUGUCGGCGCUGCUGCUGGAGGACGGCGGCUCGGCGCUGGCCGCCGCGCUCACGGCCGCCGCGCUCGCCCUGGCCGACGCCGGCGUGGAGAUGUACGACCUGGUGGUGGGCUGCGGCCUGAGCCUGGGGCCCGGACCCUCGCCGGCCUGGCUCCUGGACCCCACGCGGCUGGAGGAGGAGCACGCGGCCGCCGGCCUCACCGUGGCGCUCAUGCCGGUGCUCAACCAGGUGGCCGGGCUGCUGGGCAGCGGGGAGGGCGGCCCCGCCGACAGCUGGGCCGAGGCCGUGCGCCUGGGCCUGGAGGGCUGCCAGCGCCUCUACCCGGUGCUGCAGCGGUGCCUGGUGCGGGCCGCCCGCCAGAGGGGCGCCGCCACCGCGUCCUAG